UUGAUUCCUCUUUACAUAUAAAAAUUUAACUUGUACCAUAUCGAUUAAUUACCAGAGAGUUAAAUAGGCCGCCCCCUUAUUCAGACGAUGCCUCCACCCCUUUGGUAUGAAAUUCGGCUCCCAAAAACUAAGUAUGGAAACAAGGAGGUGAAAUUUGGCUAAGUAAGGAGACCCAACCACAAGGAGGAUCAUGCAUGAUAUCCAAGGGGGUAAAGCAUGAUAAUGCAAGGAGGGUCAAGCAUCAGGUACCAUAGCCUCCUACUUACCUUGCACUAUGGUGUCAAACAUGAUGUCGUGCAAGGAGGGCCAUCAAGCACACGAAUACCCUAGAGCGAGGCGGCAAAGGAGGGAAAUUUGGCUAAGUAUGAAGACCCAACCACAAGGGGGGUCAUGAAUGAUAUCCAAGGGGGGUCAAGCAUGAUGUCAUGCAAGGGGGCUCAAGCACCAGGAACCAUGGUCACCUACUUAACUUUCACUAUGGUGUCAAACAGAUGUCGUGCAAAGAGGGCGAUUAAGCAUACGAAUACCCUAAAGCGAGGCGACCAAGGAGGGGCAAUUUGGCUAAGUGUCAAGACUUCGCCACCCAGCCCUCAAGCAGGUUGCAUAUCCGCCUACCAAGAACUAGUGUGCUAAGCAUGAUAUCAUGCCAAGGGGGUGUGACACAGUGCACCCUCUUUCCAAGUAGUCAGGCAUGCUAGGCCUCGUGCAUGGUAGACCACCUUGUCAAGACCCUGCAAGCAUGAUGUCCCUCAAAGUGGGUUAGUGUGCAUCCAUCCUCUCCAAGCACCUUGGUGUAGAGAAUGACGUCAUGCAAGGGUGGUCAACAUGAGGCAUCCAACGUCAAGAUGAAGCCAAGCGAGAUACCUCCACAAGGUAGCUACUUGCCAAGAGUGGCGAGCAGGCAAGCAAGGUAGUUAAGGCAUCAAGCAAGCUACAUCAAGCACACGCAGUGGAGCAACGGUUACCAAGAGUCAUUUACACGACGGUUGCAAGGAAUGGCUAUAAAUGGGAGAAACAAAAUAAAGCAAGGGGUUCCACAACCAAACAUUUGACUCUACAUGUCAAACUUUACCAUUUCUCUACAAUGUAGCCAUAGUUGUAGUCUUUAGUUUCUAGAGCUCUCACUGAACCUCCAUAGAAGUAGGUGUAAUUAAUGUAGCUUGUUCUCAAAACCCAUCAAAAACAUCAAAUACCCUCAUUUGAACAUUGUUCGGAGAGGAUUGAACUGUGUUAUUGUCGUUGUUCAAGAAGUCAAAGGUGCAUUGAUUGAAAUCAAACACAAGAGUUUCCUCGCCGAAAAACAAUUCCCCAACAUAUCUCUAUUAUGGUAUCAGAGCAUAGCAAAGUUCAGCUAGGUUUUUUUUUAUCCAAUCACGCAUCUCUCAACUACACUAUCUAGAGAUCCCAAGUCGAGACAAUGCUCAUGGGCCUUGAUCUCCUUGGCUUUGUCGACGACAUCUCUGUUGCGGCGGAGAAGACAAUAACCGCCAACAAUGCUAUGACACCCAAUCCUGCCUAUCGCUUGUGGUUUCGUCAAGAUAAGCUUAUUCUCCAUGCUCUUUGUUGCUCUUUAUCCGAAUCGAAUUGUCCAUAUUUAUCUGCUGCUACAACUUCUCGUGAUGCUUGGACUAUUAUAAAGAAGCUCUAUGUUAGUCAUGCUCAAUCCAGGAUUAUUGCUCUCAAAACCAGCAUGCACAAGACUCAGAAGGGCGACCAUGAUGUUGUUCCUUACGUUCAUGACAUGAAACUGAGAUCGGCCGAACUCGCACGUAUUGGUCAACCCAUUUCUGAUAUUGAUCUUGUUGUUCAUACCUUGCGUGGCUUAGGUCUUGAUUUCAAUCAAUUCUAUGUUGUUGUUCGUGCCCGAUGCACCAUUGGCACGAUUGAUGAUCUUCUCGACUCUCUUAUUGAGUACAAGGCUGACUUGAAAGAGCAGGCUCGGGAUGCUCACACUGUGCCGACUGCGUAUUACUCUCGGGACCCCAACGUCGUGGCGGAUCCGACUCCUCUGCUCGUCUUUAGAGACAUCACAGCCAGCCUCGUGACUAGGCUCUGCCUCCUUUCCCCAUCCGAGACCGUGAAUGGGCUCCCUCGUCUCAACCUAACUCUUGCAAAAUGGAACUCACAACUGGGCUUGGAGCGAUGUCGCCCUCUCCACCUGAUGAAGCCUGCCAGCGCCGCCUAUCUGUCAUUUGCUAGUACUGCGAGCAUCCUGGUUACUCAGCCCAUACUGCUUCAAGUUGUUUCCCCGGACUCGGCGGGCCCAACCUCAAGCCCAUGCUACCACCACACCCAUAGGUUCCUCUAAUUCAUGCCAUGGCUAAUGGAAUCGGUUGCAUCACAUCAUGUUACCACAUAUUUAGGAAAUUUAUCACUUUAUUCUGACUACACUGGCCCCUAUGAGAGAUCCUUGUUGGUGAUGGCUCAGGUUUGCAGAUCACUCACAUUGACUCUUCUACUCUAUCUACCGGUUUUCAAAACUUCCAACUUAAUAUGUGUUCCUGCCAUCAAAAAGCGGUUAAUUUCUGUAGCCAAGCUAUGUCGCACUAAACCUGUUUCGGUGGAACUUUAUGCUGACUAUUUUGUUGUCAAGGAUCUUCGCACGGGGGCGCCGCUGCUGAAAGGGAAAAACAACAAUGAUGUGUAUGAGUUGCCUCGGGAGGCCGAACCUGCCCGUCUUGACCUUGUUACCACCCGCACCUUGGCCGCUUCCUGGCAUUCUCGUCUCGGUCAUCCAUCCCAUCAAUCUUUUUCCAGUCGUCUUCGCUCGCAAUCCCUCCUAAUCUCAUCCUUUAUCACUAGCAACUCAUGUGAUUCAUGUCUUUCCAAUAAAAGUCACAAACUCCCUUUUGUUGAUUCUUCUUUGACUAGUGAUAGACUGUUUGAUUUUUUAUACACAGACGUUUGGGGUCCUGCAUCGGUUUAUUCCAUUGAUGGUUAUCAUUAUUAUCUCAUUAUUGUUGACAAUUUCUCUCGUUAUACGUGGUAUUAUCCCUUGAAAAAUAAAUCUGAUGUUCUUCAGGUUUUCUUGAAUUUUCGCAAACUAGUUGAGAAUUACUUCUCCACCACUAUCCGUCAUCUUUAUACAGAUGAUGGUGGUGGUGAAUUUCAAAAACUACGUUCUAGUCUUGCAGAUCAUGGGAUUACUCACCUCAUUACACCGCUACAUACACCUGAAUGCAACGAUCUUGCUGAGCGCAAACAUCGCCUCAUUGCCAAGACUGGUAUCACCCUUCUCCAUCAUGCUCAUCUUCCCACUACAUUUUGGUCCUUUUCCUUUUCCAUUGUCGUGUACCUUAUUAAUCGCCUUCCCUCCUCUACACUUCGUGGUGAAAUUCCAUUCACCGUUCUCUUCAAUCUCUCUCCUAAUUAUUAUAAACUUCGUAUUUUUGAUUGUCAUUGCUAUCGCUGGCUUCGUUCGUAUUCUGCCAAUAAACUUGAAUCCCGUUCCCGCUCUUGCCUAUUUCUUGGUUACUCACCCCAACAAAGUGCUUAUAAAAUUUUUAACCCCAUCACUCGUCACAUUUUUAUCUCUCAACAUGUUAUUUUUGUGGAGGAUUCGUUUCCAGGUGAUUCUUCCCCUCCAAGUGCCAAACCCACAGUUGCUUCGUGGUUAUUGGACACCCAACCUCCCAUCACAAGUAUUCCUCUUCCUCGGCCCCAACCACUGCCAUCCUCAUUUGCAAUUCCACUAGGCAUAUUCCCCCGCAAUAGGUAAGACCUUUUAGAUUCCUUACUACUUGGCUUGCUCCUGAAGACUUUACCCGUAUGCUUGAUGCCUCUUGGAACCAAGGAAGGGAAUGUUUACUGUCUUUGCAGGAACUCCAGGAUAAGUUACGAGUUUGGAAAAAAGAGGUCUUCAGGAAUGUCUUUAAAUGAAAGGUGCUCCUCACCAAACAACUGCACAACUUAGAAAUGAGGAACGACCGAUCGCCUUGCUCUAUUAUGCUACAAGAGGAGGCACGCGUGCGUGAGUUCCUAGAGCAAACAUUAUGGCAAGAAGAGUUGUUGUGGAUACAAAAAUCACACAACAACUGCAUUGUCAAUGGAGACCAUAAUACCAGCUUCUUCCACAACUCAACUUUGACUCACAGGAAGAAGAACAUAAUCACUAAAAUUCAAGUGGAGGAAGGUACAUGGAUUGAGGAUCCGGUACUGCUCAGUUCGAUGGCAAUGAACUUUUACAUCAAGU